AUACAUUGUCUCGGAAAGCUGUUUGGAUACAGCGAGAUCCAAACAGAAAGACACCGCUGUGCAUCAACAGUGUAGCGCCUUACACCGUGGCACAAAACGAGCAAAUUAGCCUUCAUCCACCGCAGCCGAUAUAGCAGACAGACAUGCCGUCUGACAGGCCUUUUAAACAAAGAAGGAGCUUUGCUGAGCGUAACAAAGAAGUUCAACAGAUCAGAGACCAGCAUCCCAACAAAAUACCAGUAAUCAUCGAGAGGUACAAGGGCGAGAAACAGCUCCCCGUCUUGGACAAAACCAAAUUCCUGGUUCCUGAUCACGUGAACAUGAGCGAACUGGUCAAGAUCAUCCGCCGUCGCUUGCAGCUCAACCCCACGCAGGCCUUCUUUCUGCUGGUGAACCAGCACAGCAUGGUGAGCGUGUCCACCUCCAUCUCGGAGAUCUACGAGCAGGAGAAGGACGAGGACGGCUUCCUUUACAUGGUCUACGCCUCCCAGGAGACCUUCGGCUGUUAAACGAGAGCAAAUGAGUGAUCAAGCCAGCGAGCACAGCGGGAAGAUGAAAGACAGAAAGCAACAGCAAACGUACAGCAAACAUAAAUGUGCCCUCUAGCUUAGAAUUCCUUGCGUAGUAAAACUGGAACUGAGGAAUUAUGUUUUUUGUUCAUGCACGUGUGCCGAGUGACUGUGUGGUGUACCAUUCUGUGUAACAAAACAAACAAAAAUCCAGCAAAUGGCCUUCUCACGUCGAUAUUCGGGCAUCUUAUUUAAUUGCUAAAUAUUGUUAGUAGUUGAGCCUUUCUGUUGCGAUUCUCGUCGUAAAUGUGAACAAAAGCAACAACAACCUUAAACGUCAUUAACAAAAUAUUCCAAGGCCUUGGCCCUUGAAAGUGUUAGGCUGUGACCGGGCCUCAUGGUUUCACAAAUAGAAACGGGUACGUUUUAAAUAGGCGGGUCACGGGGAAUCUGUGUCUUUGGACCCUUUGUUAGCAAGUAUAUAUGUAAAAUGAUACUGUGCUGUUCUACAUGCUGCAUGGUUCCAGCAGGUGGCGCUGUGCUCUAUUUCCUUAGUCUUUUUUUAAUCCCAGUACUACCGGUCAGAUUGUAGCCGGGAACUCAACCAGUCCAUGUAGCCCCAGAAUAUCAGCGCCAGCGCUAACCCUGCCUCUUCCAGUGAGCCUCACCUCACUGAUCUGGGACAGGCAGAUUCACAUUAGUCGGAUUUUGUUCAGUCCAUGUCAGUGAUGCGGUCAAGAAUCUAGCCAGUAUAGUGGCCACUAAAUCUUAGCUUGAGACCCAAUGGCAUAGAUAGCUUGUUUCCCCAGCUUUGGUACAAGGGACAGCUACUGCAGGGGAUCAUGCAGUAGGGUUGUUGCUACUUACGUCUGGGGAGACUUUUUGUCUGCAGAAAUUAGUGAGAAGUUGCUUGCAUUUUUCUCCUUUUCACUCAUGUUUAACCAAGGUAAAGCAUCUGCUCCAAAACAGAUUCACCACGACACCUUUCGCUCAAGUGCAGCCAGCCCUCGGUGCUACACAGUGCGUAUGUGAGGAGUCCAUUUAGAAGCUGUGGAUAGCGUGCAUCUCAUUAUUAUGGUAAUCCAUUCUGUGUAAGAAUAAACAAGCUUUUUUGCACUUAAAAAAAAAUAACUAGACCUUUAGGAACCAAGUACUGUUUUAAAGUGUAUAUGACGUACCUGUUUUCUGUAUAAUAAGCAUUCUUGUGUAAGCCUGCUUUCUCUUUGUGUUCGUUACUGGUGUUGUUUGAGUUCUGAAUGAAAGGUUAUGUUUGAGAUACAUUGCAUGUGGUUUUGACCCUGUGAAAGAGGGCCAUCUGAAAUGAUUUUAAUUUUAAUUUUAAUGUUAUCUUCAUGUAUUUUUUGGAUUUGUAUUUCCUUUCAUUUUUUAACCAAAAAAAAGGUGUAUGGGGGCAGGAGGUGGGGUGUUAUAACUAUAUAUAAUAUUACACAAAGUUAAAUCUUA